UUCUCUUCUUGGUGCUUGCCUGGUCUUCAGGGACCUCUUCCAGCAGCAAAUCCAGGGAUAGGACUGUCAGGCAAAGAUACAACCACUCAUCUGCUAUUAUUUGUGAGGCUGCACUGUGCAAACUUCACCCACUGCCGACAGAAAUCAGCCAGAUAGGUGCAGAUCGCCCAGGGCGUCGACUGGCCAGCAAGCAGAGCAUCCAUUCAUCCUUUCAUUGGCAGCUGAGGUGUUCCAGUCGAGCUAGCUAGCGUUAGCCGAGAGGCAGGGGACAGCUGUGUCAGAGGGAUCUUCAAAAUGUCGGGUUACCAAGGAAAGAAGAAUAUUCCACGAAUUACAAGUGACCGUCUCCUCAUCAAAGGGGCGAAAAUAGUGAAUGAUGACCAGUCAUUCUUGGCUGAUAUCUACAUGGAGGAUGGAGUCAUCAAGCAAAUAGGUGACAACCUCAUUGUUCCCGGCGGAGUUAAGAUCAUAGAGGCUCAUGGGAGAAUGGUGAUGCCCGGGGGGAUCGACGUGCACACCCGAUUCCAGAUGCCUGACCGAGGCAUGGUGGCGGCAGACGACUUCUACCAGGGCACCAAGGCGGCCCUGGCUGGGGGGACGACCAUGAUCAUUGACCAUGUGGUUCCUGAGCCUGGUGUCAGCUUGGUUGGAGCUUUCAAACAAUGGAGGGAGUGGGCUGAUUGCAAGUCCUGCUGCGACUACUCUCUGCAUGUGGACAUCACUAAGUGGAACAAAGAGACCCAGGAAGAGAUGGAGACUCUGGUGAAGGAUCAUGGUGUCAACUCUUUCCUGGUCUAUUUGGCUUAUAAGGAUGUUUUCCAACUUUCUGACUCUGAGAUCUAUGAGGUGUUCAGUGUCAUCAGGGACCUCGGAGCCAUUGCACAGGUGCAUGCUGAGAAUGGAGACAUCAUAGCGGAGGAGCAGAGACGUAUCCUAGAGCUGGGGAUCUCUGGUCCUGAAGGCCAUGUGCUCAGCCGCCCAGAGGAGGUGGAGGCUGAGGCAGUCAACCGUGCUGUCACCAUAGCCAACCAGACCAACUGUCCUCUCUACAUCACCAAGGUUAUGAGCAAGAGUGCUGCUGAUGUCAUCGCCCUCGCCAGGAAAAAGGGUGCCGUGGUUUAUGGAGAGCCCAUAUCUGCCAGUUUGGGCACAGAUGGCACCCAUUACUGGAGCAAGAACUGGGCCAAGGCAGCAGCCUAUGUCACCUCUCCACCGCUCAGUCCGGAUCCCACCACCCCCGACUACCUCAACUCGCUGCUGUCAUGUGGGGACCUGCAGGUGACUGGGAGUGCUCACUGCACUUACCAGACUUCUCAGCGUGCGAUAGGCAAAGAUAACUUCACCCUAAUCCCAGAGGGCACCAACGGCACCGAGGAGAGGAUGUCCCUAAUCUGGGACAAAUGUGUGGUGACUGGCAAGAUGGAUGAGAACCAGUUUGUGGCGGUGACCAGCACGAACGCAGCCAAGAUCUUCAACCUGUUCCCCCGCAAGGGCCGCAUCGCUGUGGGGUCUGAUGCCGACCUCGUGCUGUGGGACCCAGACAUCACUAAGAUCAUCUCAGCCAAGAGCCACAACCUGGCUGUGGAGUAUAACAUCUUCGAGGGCACAGAAGUGCGUGGCGGUCCCGUGGUGGUGAUCAGCCAGGGCAAGAUUGUGCUGGAGGAAGGCAGCCUUCACCCCACGGAGGGCUGCGGGCGCUACAUCAGCCGUAAACCCUUCUCUGACCACGUUUACAAGAGGAUAAAGGCUCGCAGCAGGCUCACAGAGUUGCGAGGCGUCCCCAGGGGCCAGUACGACGGGCCGGUGUGCGAGGUGACUGUGACUCCCAAGGUGGUAACCACAGUCGCUGCGGUGAAGGCCGCCCCGCCCAAGCAGCAGCAGCAGCAGCAGCAGAUCGCCCCACAGCCAGUGCGCAACCUUCACCAGUCUGGCUUCAGUCUGUCUGGUGCCCAAGUUGAUGACAACAUCCCUCGUCGCAACACUCAGCGCAUCGUGGCUCCUCCUGGUGGGAAAGCCAACAUCACCAGCCUCGGCUAAGUCCUUUUACUCGACUGAGCUGGCGGGGAUGCAGGGAAACGGGACCAGAGGCCACUCUUACCGCUGUCACAUCACAUCUGGUCACCUCUGACUCCCCCUGCACCCCACCCACAAGCACUCCAUCCAUUCUUAUUCACACACUACCACUAUGUCAUUCAUGCAACAAAAAAAAGAGAAGGCACUAUUCCAUUUUGUUUCAUUUUCCUGCCAUGUUCCAUUGUCACGGAAGGAGAAAGUUAAAGCAAAGCAGCUUUUUUUUGUUGUUGCCGUUUUUAAACCUGAUUAUUGAUUUAAUUUGUUUACAUUUUUUGUGUCAUUUUUGCUGUUAAGUCCUCAGAAAGUUGACAAAAAAAAGAAGCGGUCUGUUUCGUGAGUGGGCAUUUUAGAAACUGCAGUUGUUUAGUUUUUUUUUCGUAUUUCCAAGAAAUUAAAAUGCUGAUGGUCGUGUUACUGCGCCACUCUGAGGUGAAAGUGAAGCUUCCAUUGCAACACUGUUACUCUAUAAGAACGCUGUUUUAGUACAAAAACGUUGCAUUGUGUGGAAGAAACUCAAAAUACUAAUUAUGAACGACACGUGGAAUAUGGUUUCCGCAUCUCAUAACACCUCACUUUAAAUUUGAGGUUGAGUUUGCAGUAUUUAGAUUUUCGUGUACAAUUCACCUCGGUCUUCCUUUUGUGUUAUAGCUGCACUUUUUAAAAAAUUGAUGUUAUAUGUUCUUUUUAAGCCAUUAUGGUAAACGCUGACUGCACUGAAAGGAAAAGAAAGGGUACUUUGAGGUUGAACCACUCAUUCAAUUGCGUCCUGAAUAUGUGGGGGGAGAAACAGCUGGACAUAACAUGAACCUUUCCCCUCAUUUCAUCAUUUUGUUUUAUCCUCAUGUUUGUUAAAAAAGGUUGUCAGGGCAGCAAGCUUCCAAUAAUCAGACCGGCGUGUGUAUAUUCAGGAUACAGACAGAGAGACACUACAAAGAAGCUAGACGGGAGGUUUGCAGACAACCUCUCUGCACCUGGUGCUAUAAUAUCACCAUUGCUGUAUAUGCGCAGAUGAUGUCCACAGCCACCAUUAACCCCGUUUGAUUGAAUUUUGUUUUGCACCUGUAACAAUCCAAAAGGUAAAAAUGUAUGUGAGCUUGCAACCUUUUAUUUGUAUUGGAUAUGUCUGUAUGUUUUAGGAAUAUCUGUUAACUACUUGCCUGCCUGUUCUGUAAGAUAUUGAUAGCACACUGUAUCUAUGAAGGCUCUUUAAAGAAGCGUGAUCUUUAAGACCUGAUGAAAAAUGCUUCAGUAUGUACAUGAAAUCCCUCACAGUGUGACGAUGACGUGUUCUCGGUGUUAGUGUCGUGAAUGAAUUAUCAAAUAUCCAGUUUUCCCUCUCUAACCCCCCUCCCCUCCCUCUAUCCGCCCAACACUGUCGACACCAGAUCCACUCGAGGUAGUUAACUGUUCACCGAACCACAACGGGUUGUCAGUUUCACGGCACUGUGCGGCCAUACUGUUAAAACACUGGAUUAUUUCUUCCUCAUUGCCUUGUCAAGUGUAGGUUUUGUAUGCCAAGCUAUAAUGUGAAGUGAUUUACAUUUUGGGGAAGUGUCUUGGUAAUGGUUAUUGAGUUGUGAUGUUGAGCACUGUCGUUGCCCCUCUCCCAGCAAACGUGAUACUCUCUCGGUCAUGUAUGUUUUGUAGGAUACCAGGGUUUUCGGGGGGGAAAUCAUCGGUCUUGUCAGCAUUUGACCCUAUCUGUGUUGACUUCAGUGGAUUAAAAUAAUAAAAAUGAAA